AUAUUUGUAUUUUUACGUCCCAUUUGCGACGUCCUAUUCCAAUAAUAUUUUGUGUUCUUAUUACUGUGCGUGUAAAUAUGUUUUUUUGGUUGAGGUUCAACGGCUGUGUUCGCUGGGUCAGCCUCGGGUCUAAGUGUUCACACAUCGCAUCAAUUUGCAUACGCCGUAAACGAUUCUGCUUCCACGCACGGGGUCGCGCGAGCGAAUUCGGUGGCGCGUGUCGUGAAUGGACGAAUCAAUUUUUAAUCGACGCAUCUUUUGCACCCCUACGAUAACGCUUAAUCGCACGGUCAACAGCAGUGUAAAAGCAUCCAGGGUCGUGGUGGAUGGGGUUCGGUGAGCGGGUGGAUCAACAAGCGGGUGUGUCGUUUGCCAAGUGUGGGCUGUUGGUGUGUCUCCCAGAUAUAUAUAAAAAAAAUCAUACCCAGGGGGACAGCGUUGCCAUGGCGCCCGAUGACAUUGAAUUGUAAAUGCGGGUCCCCCGUGGUAUCGGCGUGAACGCGAGCACUAUAAAUGUUUGAUGGGCUGCAGAACCAGCGCGGGUCUCACACAGCUGCUGCUGUCUCCUCUGCGUGCGCGCCUCCGACAAAAGGAUUUACAUGUCGGUUGAGGUGGCGGGGGUGGCCCUGGAGGCCCAGGCUCCGGCUGCUGCCAUGGCCGCCCUGCUGCCCCAGGGCCUGCUGGCCUGCGUCGAGGAGAACAACGUGGCUGGCCUCCUCGUCCUGCUCGAGAGCUGCUCCAGCAUCGACGAGCGCAACGAGAUCGGACAGACGGUGCUGAUGCUGGCGGCCGAGCAGGGCUCCCUGGAGAUCGUGCAGGAGCUCCUGAAGCGCGGCGCCAACUGCAACCUGGAGGACGACGACAGCUGGACUGCGUUGAUCUCGGCGUCCAAGGAAGGCCACUUGGACAUCGUGCGAGAGCUGAUACAGAACAACGCGGAUAUCGAGCACCGAGAGAUGGGCGGCUGGACGGCGCUCAUGUGGGCAGCCUACAAAGGGCGCACGGACGUGGCAAGGCUGCUGCUGGAUCACAAAGCCAACCCCAAUGUCGCCGGGCAGUUCAGCAUGUACCCCGUGACGUGGGCAGCGGGACGUGGCCACAACGAGAUCGUCAAUAUGCUGCUCAACGCCGGCUCCAAGAGCAACUGCUGUGACAAGUACGGCACGACGCCUCUGAUCUGGGCGGCCCGGAAAGGACACCUCGAGUCAGUGCAGCUGCUCCUGCAGCAUUCCGCGGACGUCAAUCAAGUCGGCGCGAACUCGAUGACGGCGCUGAUUGCAGCGGUGAGGGGUGGCUUUGAGAGCGUCGUGGAGGAGCUGCUCACCAAGGAGCCCGACGUGAACCUCACCGACAAGGACGGCAACUCGGCGCUCAUGAUCGCCGCCAAGGAGGGCAAAACGGAGAUCGCUCGGGACCUGCUGGACGCCGGCGCCUACGUCAACACGCCCGACCGGCACGGAGACACGGUGCUGAUCUGGGCGGUGAAGGGCGGCCACCCGGACAUCGUGCGGGCGCUGGUGGGGAAGCUGGCUGACGUGGACGUCCGUGGAGCGGAAAACAAGACCGCGCUGUACUGGGCCGUGGAGAAGGGAAACUCCACCAUCGUGUGUGACAUCCUCGAGUGCAACCCCGACACCGAGAUCCACACGAAGGAUGGCGAUACGCCUCUCAUCAAGGCCACCAAGAUGAGGAAUGUUGACAUCGUCCAGCUGCUGCUGAACAAGAACGCCAAGGUUUCUGCUGCCGACAAGAACGGGGACACGGCGCUGCACAUCGCGAUCCGUGGGCGCAGCCGCAAGCUGGCCGAACUGCUCCUGCGCAACCCCAAGGACGGCCGGCUGCUCUACCGUCCCAACAAGGCGGGCGAGACGCCCUACAACAUCGACUGCGGCCACCACAAGAGCAUCCUCACGCAGAUCUUCGGAGCACGGCACCUGUCCCCGAACGAGGCGGACGGCGACAUGCUGGGCUACGACCUGUACAGCAGCGCUCUCGCCGACAUCCUCAGCGAGCCCACCAUGCAGCCGCCCAUCUGCGUGGGCCUCUACGCUCAGUGGGGCAGCGGCAAGUCCUUCCUGCUCAAGAAACUCGAAGACGAGAUGAAGACGUUUGCGGGCCAGGAGAUCGAGCCUCUGCUACGCUUCUCCUGGCUGCUGGUCAUGCUGACGCUGGCCUUCGCGUCCGUCCUGGGCCUCGUGCUCGCCGUCACCGUCGACCCCAACCUGGGCCUCGCCGUGGCCUUCAGCCUCCUGGCCUUCUUCUACGUCUUCCUCGUGGUCGUCUACUUUGGAGGGCAGCAGGAGCGCGAGGGAUGGACGUGGGCAUGGCUGGCGAGCACGUGGCUGGCACGGCAGCUGUGCUACGUGGAGCUGCUGCUGCAGCUCGUGUUCACCAACCCCCCCGAGCUGCCCGAGCAGACCACGCGGGCUCUGCCCGUCAGGUUCCUGUUCACGGACUACAGUCGGCUGACGAGCGUGGGCGGCGAGACAUCGAUCGCGGAGAUGGUCGCCACGCUGUGCGACGCGUGCGAGCGCGAGUUUGGCUUCCUGGUGACGCGCCUCUACAGAGUUUUUCGCACCGAGAACACUCAAGGCAAGAAAGGCGUGGGCCGCUGGAAGAAGUCGUGCUGCCUGCCGUCGGUGCUGCUCAUGGUGCUGGUGCUGGGCUGCGUGGUGGCGCUCGUUGUGCUGCUGGCGGCCGCGGAGGCGCACACGGACGUGCGUCUCCGCGGGGCGCUCAUCGCCGUCUCGUCCGUCGUGGCGAUGGCGCUCGUCGCCAAGGCCCCCAUGGCGUGGCGGGUGCUGGUCUCUCUGCUGCGCUCGCAGCGCCAGCGGCUGCUGGCGGCCGCCGCUUCCUCGCACAACAAGCUCAAGAUGGAGGGGUUCAUGAAGGUGCUGAAGUCGGAGGUGGAUUUGAUGGCCAAAAUGACGAAGACCUUGGAUUCGUUCACUCAGUACCAGACGCGGCUGGUGGUGAUCGUGGACGGGCUCGACACGUGCGAGCAGGACAGAGUUCUACAAAUGCUGGACACGGUGCGCAUCCUCUUCUCGCAGGCGCCGUUCAUCUCGAUCUUCGCGAGCGACCCGCACAUCAUCAUCAAGGCCAUCAACCAGAACCUGAACAGCGUGCUGCGCGACUCCAACAUCAAUGGGCACGACUACAUGCGCAACGUCGUGCAUCUGCCCUUCUUCCUCAACAACCGUGGGCCGCCCAUGGCCCGCCGGCUGGCCGUGGCGGCUGGCCCUGCCGCCAAUGGCGACGUGCCCGGCCACGAGGCCACCGUCGCCUGGUUCGAUGACGGGGAGCAGAAGCCGUCCCAGCAUAGCCUCGGGGAGCUCACGAAGAUUGGCAGCAAGAUCUCCCUCACCCGCCGGCAGGAGACCUUGAAACGGCGGCAGAUGGCACACCAGUUGACGCGUCAGAUGUCGUUUGACCUCUCCAAGCUGCUGGUCACGGAGGACUGGUUCAGCGAUAUCAACCCUCAGACGAUGAGGAGGCUUCUCAAUGUCGUGUCCCUCACAGGGCGCCUGCUGCGAGCCAACCAGGUGCAGUUUAACUGGGACCGCCUGGCCACGUGGAUCAACAUGACGGAGCAGUGGCCCUACCGCACCUCCUGGGUGGUGCUCUACCUCGAGGAGGUGGAAGGCGUUGGUGACCACCUCACCCUCAAGAUGGUCUACGACAGAUUCUCCGGCAAAAUCCCGCAGUCGAAGGAUGUGGAGCCGCUGCUGGAGAUCGACGGCGACGCACGCAGCUUCGAGGUGUUCCUGACGUCGCGCACACCCACGCUCACCGUGUGCGACGUGCGCACGUUCAUGGCGUGCACCGUCAACCUCGACCCCAAGAUCCGAGAGAUCAUCGCAGACGUUCAGGCGGCACAGGUCGGGGCGGCGAGCGCCUCGGUGUUCCCAUCGGCGACGGUAGCGGCUCCCGCUGCCGGCAUGCCGCACUCGGCGUCGGGCGUGAGCGCGUCGGGCCGAUCGUCGGGCCCGUCCGGGGCGGGCACGCCGGCGCCCUUCGCGGGUGGAGGAGGUCUCGCGACGCAGCCGCCCUCCUGCUCGUACUUUGACGGCGGCAUGGGACCCCAGCACCCCUUCUACAACCGGCCAUAUUUCACACCCCAGUCGUAUUUGCCGUUGGCGGCCACUCGCCCGCCCACUGAGCUGCGCCUCGCUGCUGCUGCUGCUAGGCCCGCCAUGUCCCGCGACCACACUAACUUGCCUUCAUCGACGGCCCUGCUGGACGAUGCGACCUCGCCCACGCUGAGCUCGCUCCCCGUGGCGGACGUGUGCGAGCGCCUCGCCACCCUCGAGGGCAUCGACCACGGCCUCCUGGACAAGUACCAGGACACAAUCCGCAAGGCAAACAUCAAUGGAAGAGUGCUGGCACAGUGCAACAUGGAUGAACUCAAGGACGAAAUGAGCAUGAACUUUGGAGACUGGCAGCUCUUCAGAAGCAUGGUGCUGGAGAUGCGCGAGCUGGAGAAGCAGCCGUCGCACGACCUGCGCUCCGCCAGCGAGUCCGGCGUCGGCGGCGCCGGCGGCGUCGGCUCCCUGGACGGGGGGCCGCCCCCCCACCGCGAACGCGCCACCGUCACCGCCUCCGCCUCCGUGGGGGCGGCCGCCAAGCCGGACGCGGCGCUGCCCAACGACAAAUACAGCCUCAACUUCAGCUUCGAGGAGCUGUGCACCGUGGGCCUGGACGAGUCGGCGCUGGGCGGACAGGCCUCGCUGUGGCAGGGUGCGGGCCGGCUGGCGGACGGACUGUCACACCGCACGCACAGCAUGUCCAGCCUCAACUCGGAGGCCUCCGUGGCGGAGCUGUCGCGCCUGGCCGAGCGGCAGCAGGCCGAGUACCGUGACGCCUACGGCGCCUACAUCAGCCAGAUGGCGCAGGUGGACUGCCCCACGAGCGGCGCCAGCUCCAUCAAGAGCUCGCAGGUGACGUCCCCGCACAGCCCCGUGCACUUCCUGCUGGGCGGCAGCGUCUCCUCGGCCUCGCUGCACGAGGAGAACCGCAACCACAACGCCUGCUCCCAGCGCGUGGCCGCAUACGGCGUUGGCGGCGGCACGAGCAGUGGUUGCGGAGGAGGCGCAGGAGGAGGCGGGCAGCCGUUCUCCCUCUCCGCCUCCCUCUCCUCGUCCCUCCCGUCCUCCAAAGCGGCGUCGACGCACUCCGGCGACGCGAGCGACUCCGCGUCGCCGGAGUGCGCCGCGGCGGCGGCGGCGGCGGCGGCGGCCGUGCCGGCGCUGGACCCCAUCACGGAGGAGGAGGACCACGCGGGGGACCCCGCCGGGGGCAGCAGGGCGCGCCCGGCCGCCUCGGCGACGGCCGCGGCGGCGGCGGCGGCCACGCUGGGCAAGCGCGUGCUCCAGGCGGUGGACAUCAAGCACCGCAGCUACCAGCAGCUGGCGAGCGACGACGACAACUCGGGCGCCGACGAGUCGGACGACGUGCCGCUGCUGCGCUCCGCCGGCGCCGCCGACCCCGACCCCGACCACGACCCCGACGCCGACCGCGCCGCCGCCGCCGCCGCCGCCGCGCAGCCGUCCGACGACGCCAACACCAACGCCAACAACAGCGGCGGCAAGGCGGGCGGCCCCGCGGCCAAGUCUGAGGGCCACGUCGCCGAGAUGUUCCCCCUGGGCAAGAAAGACUCGUCCGACUCGGGCGCCGGCAGCUCCCCGAGCCUGCGCGGCUUCGCGGGGCCGUCGGCGGCGCGCGCCGUCGGUGACCUCGUGGAGCUCGCCGGCGCCCAGUUGCCGCCGGCGCCUCCUGCGAUGGACGCCGGCCCCCUGCCGAGCGGGGGCGGCGCGUCGGACGCGCCGGACGUGACGCGCAUGUCCAUCUGCUCCGACGGCAAGCGCAGCCCGUCGGGCUCCGAGAGCAGCCUCGUCCUGAGCAGCCCCGAGGCCGAGCGGCGAGCGCUCGUCCCGCCGGCCACGCAGGCCGAGACGAGCCGGCGGCGGAAGGCGGAGACGGCGGCCAUGGCGGGGGGCGUUUUGAAUCGUGCGGACAGUGUAGAGACCAUCAACAACAACAACCGCUCCUCCCUCGGUACUGGCGGCGGCGGCGGCGGCGUUCUACCGAGCGCCGCCACGGCACCACGCGGCGCCGCGACUCCGAUGACGCCCCCGAAGAAGCAAACGGCGAGAUCCAAGAUGGGCAGCGUUGGAGGAGGAGGAGGAGGAGGAGGGGGGACGGGAGCGGCAGGGCGGUCUGCGGGCGGGCCGGCCCCCUCCUCCCCCAACGUGCGCGUGCCGCUGCGCGGAGGCGGCGGCGGCGGCGGCGGCAAUGCGCCAAAAGCCAACUCGGCGCGCGCCAGGGUCGACAACGCGCGGCCCAACCUCAACCGGAAGGCGCCCGCACCUACCAGGGGCAAGAAGGGCGGCGGCGGCGGCGGCGGCGGCGCAGGAGGGGGAGGAGUGGGCGGCGCGGCAGACAGCGCCGGAGCUAGUGCAGAGAAGGAGAGCAUCCUGUGAGCGUUGGCGUGCGAGCCUCUCCAGCUCGUGCCACUCAAGACAACCUCGCCCGCCGCCCACUCCGCUCUACACAAGCGCAUUACGUGUGUAGAGCAAUAUAUUACAUGCCGACGUCGCACGGCGUCAUGGGGGGAAACGCCCACAACGCCCUGCAAGCCCCAUAAGUAACAGUUGCGUUAUUUAUCCUGAAGAUGCCGGUGCGUUCAUCCCCGUGGUUAAAACCUAUCUUAGACAUUUUCGUCACAUGCCCAAGCCCCCUGCAGAACCAGGAUUUAAAGGGGUUUUUUUUUUCCUCUCAUCACUGACGAGCAGCCGUGGCCUCUGACGAGCCGCUCACACCGUUAGUGGCGGUGCCAGGCAGCUGUGGCGUGAGCUCCAGACCAGAGACCGGUGUCAUCGUCGAGGCCCGUCAAUAUUCAGGCCCUCAAUGUCUCACAUCCAGACAGGUGUCAUUGAGCCUCCAGAUCUUUUACAGGAAGGUUCCAUAUUGCUAUUUGUCUUGCCACCUUUUGUUUGCAAGGAUUGUUUUGCUUUGCGGAAGUAACCUGGCGUGCCCGGAGAAAACACACGCGAACAAGGUUAUAACGCUCAAAAGGUCCAGACAGAAGGAUUCACUUCACCUUCCUGAUGCACUACCAUCUCCUGGGCCACAUUGCAGUCACGUGGAGUUUGAGAAUCGACGCGAUCCACCAAACCCUUCCCUCCGAAGCACUGAACGACGAGCGUGCGUCGCCACGCCGUCAGCACCAAGCACUGAUUACUUUACAACGAUACGCAGUGCACAAGCACAUUUAAAGAUGAAACCCAACACGGCCGUCAAGAGCGCUGUGGCCUUGAGAAUAACGUAUAUAUGUGAUAGGCGACAUUUUUUUGUUAUUUAUGAGCGACGAGCUAUGGCCGUUGUUCCGAAACGUUGUCGAUUAUAUAUUUUUUUAUUUUCAGGCCACAGUGUUAUUGGCGAACGUCUCGAGUGUUUUUUGUUGAAACAAAAAAAAUAAUCCGUUUUUUUCUUCUUUUUUUAAGCACUCGUUACAUUUUAAUUGUGCUUAUGGAGUCUUGUUGUGAUGGGUCUCUAGAUUUCGCUUGGCAAACUCGGUUAGAAUCCAACCGUGGGGGGAACGGUCCAGCGAGGUGACACCAUGGCCAGAACGACUCACGGAGGCACCGAGGUCUGUCUCUCUCCCUGAUCCAAAUAGUAAAUGACCAGAUGUCACUCAAGUAUUUAUCAAGUUUCGCUCCAUAAGCCGGGCCGAGCCAAAUUGGGCAAACAUCCACAUUAUUAAUGUGUGGCCGUCGUUUCACUGGACUCGGCCGCUACGUUUGAGUUCCUGGAUUCAUCGCAGCGGGAGACCUAGAAACGUUUUCCCUCUCGUGUUUCUCGCUCAGUACCUCAACACGGCCAUUCAUAACCCCUUGAGCCACGAAUCGCCUUCACAGCCUCGUCGCUUUCAUCCUCACGAGAUCAUCAGUGCAGUGUAGCCCCGUUUCUCGCACUGCCAAAACACACAACUACUGUCACGCGACAUUUUCGCUGGCGACUCAGGUCGGGUGCUGCACUGCAUAUUCCCACUCCCGUCAUCCUUCCAGGGUCGACAUGAUGAGUCUCACGUGGUGCAGAGUCAUCGGUCGUCGUCACCCCACGGGUGUAAUUCGCCCUACCAUAGGAACGUGGAAUUUUCACCACUGGCUCUGUGACACACGAGCCCAGCACCGGGGGGGGGGGGGGGGGGGGGGGGGGGGCUCGUUUGAGCACGGAGCCGCUCCGACCUGACCGGGGCUUGCAGGGCAGUGCGGGCCGCGUCCCCCCACAAUGCCACACCGCGUGAAUAUUUAUUUUCUCCAUGUUGUGUGCUCGGUGACUGUCUGUGUCUUGGCCCGCCGAUGGAGGUUCCCGCCUGCCGGGAGGGGAGGCGGGGGGCCUGCGGCGUUAGUCAGCACCCCCCCCCCCCUUGGCCGCUUGCCCGUCGCGAUUCCUCGUCGUUUCGUUUAUGUUUGACGGCUUCGCACACGUGUCUUGGUGUUUUGUCGUGCGGUCGCAAGUAAGUAGCCCGUCGGCUUUUUCAGCCACCGAGAGGUGAGUAAAACGUAAAAAAAGGUAAAACGCAAAACAAAAGGAGGAAGGCCCACCAGAGCCGGUGCCGUGCACGUCGUUCGCAGUUCGGCACUCGGGCACACAGUGGCUUGCGAACCGCAGUUUGCCGAAAUACUCGAGAGCGUAACGCAACGUCGCCGGCGAGUGGGGUCGGACCCUUAAAUUUAGCAUUCCGCAAAAUGCCCCCAGGGGAUUAACGGUGGCCGCGCAGGAGAUCGAGUGAGGAGAGCGGCUUACGCAGUGACGACCCCACUCCGGGUUGAGGUCAGGGCGCGCCCGUUGACCUGGCGGCGUGCCGAAGCUCUCCUUCGCUAUGCCAGUCGCGACUCUUUGCGUUCCGCUUCCCUGUUGGCUUGCACACACAGGGAGAGGUGGCGUGAUCGGCGCGCGCGUAAGCUCCGUCUGGGAACCUGUGCGCCGUCUCCACGCCGUGCCACGAUUUUGGCAAGCCGGGUUCGAUUCCCAAACUUCUAAUCUGCAACUCAACCUGGCUUGGACCUUCCCGGGGUCGGUUUGGACUGAGACGAGUGGUGGCGUGGUGUUAGUUACGGUCGACGUCAACACUGGUGAGACAAAGACGGCCAGGUUCGUAUGCUGCUGGCCGUGCCGUUACCUCCUGUGCUGUGCCGACUUUAAUAGGUGCUCGCCGAACAACACUCGCUUUGCCCCUUGAUAGUCUAUGAGGCUACAAGUGGUAUUUUUUUUUUACCUGUGCGUACACACACACACAGGCAUUUUCGUGUUUUAUUAAAUCGCAUUGGUAUAGCGGGAGGCUUUAGUCCGUGGAUAAAUUCCGAGAGAUAGAAAAGGGCGCGUGUGUUCAAAUGGUAAAACAAACACAUUUCUUAGAUCGUAAAAAUGUCUCUCUACAUUUGCAUGGAGAAGGCGAUGAUAAAAAUGUUAUUCCGUGGAGAGAACAAAACGGGCAAGUUCAAAACGAUCCCAUUUACAUUGCUCUUAUACCAAUUCUUCAGUGUCCGUCGCCGUUGUUAUUUGCAUCGCAACAAAUAUAUAUACACACGUGUGAAAUGUUAUCAGUGUUAAACGUUGUUACUGAUGUCUGCCGCUUAAACCCAACGGUUGUGUCGUGAGAAAUUAAGCCUUGGGAGACAAAGCCCCAUGGCAUCGCCACAGCCGGAACGAAGCCUUUGUCAAAUUCUUGAAGGGGGCAAAAACUAAAACGGGAGUGUAAACCUUCCAACAUUCGGAAGCAAUUAGGUCCCUAAAUUUUUCCUUUGACAAUGUAGCCACUCUUUUACAAGCCGGUUAGGGGGUAAGUAAAAAAAAACUUACGCCAAAAUAAAAUAAACACACAGGCAAAAGGUAAAAGACAUUUCAAAAAUGCUGACAUUGUUUUGAGAUCACACUGAUGGGAGAGCAUGCGGAGGGUGGGGCGGGGGGGGAUGCUCUUGCCUGUGUAUCAAUCGCGGUGUGAUUUUCACCUAUUGUUUGGAUCCGCAACGUCAACACAUUUCAAGCGCCACUAACCCCUUGGGUUUUGGCCGUGUUCUUUUUUUUUGGCGACCCGAGAGAGCCGUGCGAAUGUCGAGGUGCCCGUGUCGUGCACUUUUCCGUCCGGCGUGAACGUGCGUGACGUCCUGUUUUCCCUAUCCCUCGCGCGUGUUAUGUAACGCGGUGCACUGAAAAAUAUGUUGUUGUUUUUUUAUCGUUAAUUGUUAUUGACUUCGCUUCUUUUUUUAAAAAAACAUUUAAAUUAAGGGCCAAAUUCUCAAGUUUCAGGCUGCAAUGAAAAGUGGUCCGCGAAGGGGCACGCACAAAGCAACUCAUCUUUACUUGAAGGGAAAUAACGCUGCACGAACUGCAUUGCCUCUGGCAAAUGUGCACGGGCCGAAAAGACUUAACCGCCAUGAUAUAUUGUGCAGAAAAUUGCAACACAGCCUGAUUUGCCUGUUGGCGAACGCUCAUUUUUGUCAGAUUUUUUUUUGUUUGGGUAGGAAAACUGCUGCCGGUGAAAUUUGCCUCACCAAACUGCACGGCAAGUUGCCGAGUCGGCGCGCUUUAAGCUAUUUAUGUCGUCAUCGGCAAGUGAAUCUGGCCCAUAAACGGCGAUGGGAGUUUGCAAAGUGGUGUCUUGAAAUAUAAAAUGUUGUCUCCGAGUCGUAAUCGUCUCCCUUUUCCUCUCUCUGCCCUCAAGAAGGGCAAUUUCCCAAAUAACUUUUGCUAUUUUAUUUUUCUGUUAAAAGGGCAAUUAGUUACUUACGGUGGUAAAGUGUUUUCUGCUGUCUUGUCACUUUAGUUUGGUAUUAUCCAAGCAGGUUUGAUUGGAUUGGCCUAAAAUGUUGCGAGCUUAUUUUUCCGUAGCAAAGACCGGCUUCUGUCAUAGUGACGUGGAAUUCACCCCUCCACUUUAGGGCCGCCAGUGGAGAGGAGCAUCACUUCACGGUCGUUUGAACGGCGAAACACUUUUGACUCCUAACUUCGACUAAAUGGUGGCACUGCCACACAAUUCCUCUAUCGUUUCGCACAUCCUGCAAGGAUUGCACAUGAGCAUCAAGUGUCCGCAACGUUGCACAGCAAACAAGACAGUGUCCCUAACGAGAGCCGAAUGUUGUUCACUAUUCGACUAUUUCACGCAAGGAAAGGCCUCGCAGAGUCGCUUGACUUUUUCUCGAGGGCACUGCUCGGUUUUGGCAGUAAGAGGGGUGGGGGGAGGGUGCGAUGGCUACUGCAGUAGAUUACAACCGAGUAACUUGCGGGGUAACUUUUCAAAUUCGGACCGUGGGGCCGGCCGCACGACGGCCUCCUCUUGCGAACGGCGUUACGGGAUCGUUAGCGCGCACUGUUACGGCACACACGGUGUCACCGGUUAACACGCCCGCAGGAAUUAACCGGGCUGCUUCAUGUCACAAUUCAUUUCGGUAAAACAUAAUCAUAUUUGCUUCCUUUUCCGCCCCCGGUAUUCCCGGACAGUUCCAGGAUUUAGUGUCCCCCGCAUCGAGAGUCACGUCCUCUAUUCCGCUCGCUCACAAUUGAACGUCCGACGCCACUCCGCCUAUUUCGUGGGGCUUCCGAGAGUGAAAAGCUGUCCCCACCGGGUUCAGCAGCUGGCAGUGGGGUUUCUCUUGGUGCCCAGCGUGUGCAGGCUGGUGUGAGUUGUUGACUUAUUUCCGACCGGACUUUCUCCAUUGCUUGCGUAUUCCCUCUGGCUGGAGCGAUGCACUUUACGACCUUUAAUUCAUUGCAUCUGACGUUCGAAAAAUGUUUCCCCCCACCCAACCCCACCCCCUUCUCCUCCCCCCCCCCCCCUCGGGUCGUUCAGGUAACACGAAAGAGAUAUGUUAUGUGUGUGUGUGUAUAUAGAUCAUCCGUGUUUGAUAGUGUUUACUCAACGUUGUAGCAAAAGUAAAGUGGUCGUUCAGUAUUGGCCUGCUCUGCUGCUGCUGCUGCAGUCGUCGUGCCGAGUUGGUUUGGGGCUCGUCUCGCGUGUCGUCGUCCGUUUGUGCUACGUUUAAAAACAUUAAAAUGGUCCAGUCUGUUAAAGCAACAGCGGCAGCAGCAACAACAACA